GGAUCGUCUACCUUUGCUGAUUUUACCUAUAAAAAGAACUUAAAGCUACCGUCUAUUCUACUUGUCUUUGAUUUCAAUUCAACAGGGAGAUUCAUUGUGUCAGACGUCUUCCUUUAUUUUUUAUAAAUAAUAAUUUUUUAAAAAAUUAUUUAAGUAAUGGCAGCCAUGUUUAAUAUUUUACAUGUUCUCCUAUUGUGCCUAAGUUUGAAUAUGUUGAGCCAUGCGCUGUCCACCAAAAGAAACAUAUACAGAAAAGUAGUAGACAUGGUGUCACCUGGGGAUGAAUACCUAAGUGAAAACGGAGUUCGCUCCUUUUUCUCGAUGUUGGAGAAACGUGUGCAGUGCCCUGAUGUGCCGUGUGAAAAGUGCAUCUCUGCGGAGGAUGUGAGCCAGCUUGUCGGUGACUACACGCAGGACGGCGGCCUCCACAUGGAGGGAUAUUUCAAGGUGGCUUCGGGGUGGUGUUUCUACCUGAGCUCCCCUCAGGAGGCUUGCAUGGCCAUAAAGAACAAGGAGUGGGAGAGGGAGACCGACCAAUUUGUUCAAAGCAUUACGGCCAAGGACAUCCAAGGGGACGGGUUCAGCGCGGGGACCGGCGGCUUGGAUCGUUUGCUCCACAAAAUUGAAAAGCGCUACAGGUCAACGGAAGGAGGUCAGAGCUGUCUCACAGGGACAGAUAUCCUGGAGAAGAGUAAUGUGUCUCUAAGCAACACCACCCUGCACGGCAUUGACACUGUCCUGGGAGAUGUUCUGUACCAUGUCCUGCGUGGGGACUGCUUUGCUUCCCAGGCGCUGCCAGAAGAGGAGUACUUCCUAGAUUACCUUUUCCAAGGCCUUGGCUCUGACAACAUGACCGAGCAGGACCUAGAGGCCCUGAUGGCGGUUCUGAAACUGGGAGGCGGUGAGCUGCAGGAGGACGGCCACGAGCACGACCUCGGACCCAGGCAGGAUCAGCACGGUCGCGGGGGCUCGGGGCAGGAGCGGAACAGCAGCUGGGACGAGACCUGCUUCUCAGCCCAUGAGCUAAUGGAGAUCCAUCAGGUGAACGGCUCCACCAUCUCCAGGACCCAGUUCACCAGGCUCAGCCCAGCCCUGGUCCAGCAGCUCCUCAGCGGGGCGUGUGGAAUCAAAACUAACCCUGCACACCCGAACGAUCACCUCAGCAAGCUAGAGAUGUACGUGUACGCCAGCAUAGCCAACCUGGUGAUCUGCCUGAUGGCCAUGUUGGGGAUCGUGAUGCUGCUGUGCACGUCCUGCACCGCGCUCUUCCAGGUCUCCAUCCAGCUCUGCAUCAGCCUGGCCGUGGGCUCGCUCACGGGGGACGCCGUGCUGCACCUCCUGCCCGCGUUCCUGGGUCUUCACUCUCACGGCCACGAGUCCGACACGGAUCAGGGUCACACCUACAAGCUCCUGGUGGUGUUGGCGGGAAUCUACUACUUCUUCCUCAUGGAAUCGGUCUUUUCCAUAAUGACCCACAAGGACAGUCACAGCCACGACAGCGAGGGGAGCGACCCCCACCACUGUGACCAUGGGAAAGUAAUACAGAUGUACCAGAAUGACAAAAUGGGCAAGCAGUCUACCUCGCAAGCAGACCUGAUCGAAGAAAACGAGAAAGCAGAGCCAAGUUCAAACAGUCGUACGAGAGAGCAGCGUCUGAUCCCCUACAUGAUCACAAUCGGUGAUGGAGUCCACAACUUCGCGGACGGCCUGGCCCUGGGGGCAGCCUUCUCCGUGUCCUGGAGGUCUGGGCUGGCCACCUCCUUGGCCGUACUCUGCCACGAACUGCCCCAUGAGCUGGGCGAUUUUGCUUUUCUGCUGCAUUGUGGGAUGUCCGUAAAGAAAGCCCUGCUGCUGAACUUCGGCAGCGCUUUGACGUCCUUCAUUGGACUGUACAUCGGCCUCUCCGUCUCAACCGAUCCAGCGGCUCAGGAGUGGAUCGCAGCCGUCGCGGCUGGUCUGUUCUUGUACGUGGGGCUUGCAGACAUGCUGCCAUCCAUGAUCCACUCAAACAGACAGAACCCGUGGCUCACCUUCUUCCUGCAGAACCUGGGACUCCUGGCAGGCUGGGGGAUCCUGCUGCUCCUCUCCCUGUAUGAAGAUCACAUUGUUGUCUGAAAGGCCAUGCUGCUCUUUUUCACGUCAGUGCCUUUUAAAUGCCAGUAAGCAGGAUCCUUUCAGUGCAUUUUUCCCUUUUGACAAAGUGAUCUUUUGUAUGUAUUAAUGGGCAAUGGGCUGCUACUGUUGUAUAGCACUGCUGCACAUUUAUGCGACGUAAAGGGAUAAGUUCAGUGAGCGAAUACUGACUGACUGUGCGAUAUAGUGCCAGUGCUUACCAUUAGCUGUGAACUACACCUCCCAACAGCACUUUGUGGAAACUUGACAAAGUGAACUCAUCCCAGGCACUGAGAUCACAAACAUCCUCAGAUUGUAACUGUUUCUGUUUUUAUUGAUAAUGGUUAUCUGAGAGGAUGUACUUGCAUCUGGAUUGUUUUGGUUUAUGAUGGCAUUUCUUGUGCUGCCCUGCCUUGCAAUAUAUAAUAGCUAAUAUAUUGAAGAAGUGUAUAAAGAAGUAUAUAAAGAAGUGAUCAGUCAAGGCAAUUGUUAGAACUAUGUGUUUUUGAUGGUAAUGAAGCAUGCUAAAACAGAGAUGAAAUUAAAUUUUGUCACAAGUUGUACAAAUCUUUAACAAUCAACAACUGUAAGGCAAGGAAGGAAACAUUUUUUGACACUUUUUUGUAGAAUAUGCAAUAGAUUCAUUUCUUGAACCUCGAUCCUUCUCCUAUUGCGUGCACCAUUCUUUUAGGAUUUUUACAACCAUGAGCGCUCACAGAUAACUGCAGUAGUGCCUGGAAAUGAGUAUCAAGACCUUUGAUAAAUUGGCUUCCAACAGUUCUGUGUAAAGUCUGAAGCAAGGCCGCAUAGAUAAUCUACGGCCUGAUAAGUUAUGCAAGCAGAUCAGAUAAUCAGAUAGUCAACAGUUCAUCAGGCGCAUUCAAACACUGACAGACAGUUUCCUAUACAAUCACUUUUUAUUGGCUGGACUGCAACAGCGGGGCCAACCCUAUAAACGCGAAUGUCUGUGACUGAGUGACUGAGUGAUUAAGUGACACCGCACAUGUCUGUGACUGAGCCUGUAAUUUUGCACACCCAUACACGGUCCAGCCAUAUACUAGGUUUUUUCCUGGUCUUGUUUAGAGACAUUUGUGUUGAGGAUUCAUAGAAAAAUGGGAUUCUAUGUUUACACCAGGCCUGAAUCCAGGAGAAUGGUGACUUUAUUUUACACCCUGAGCACCAUCUGAUAGGUGUGCCAGGACUUGGGAGGAAGGACCAAAGGUUCCUGUCAUCAAUCUGGGCAGCGUGACCCAGCAUUUCGUGGAAGACUGUGAUAGAUCACACGGCAAACGGGGAAAACUAAGAAACAGAGCCAUAAACCAGUGAUACAUUGUGUCCCAUUUGUGUAUUGUAUGUAUAUUGUAUGGUACUGAAUGGUACGUGUGAGGUGUAUUGUUUGCUCUUGUAAUCGACAAAACAAAUGAAAUAAACAAGAACUA